AAAUUAAAAUUGUCGCCGCUUGAAAUUUAACGGCUCAGUAUUCAAAAUUGUAAAUAAACAACCUCACUAUGAUUUUUUAUUAAAAUAAAGUAUUUAUUUUAAUUUUAUUGACUUUAAAAUUGUAUAUAUUAGUGAUUUAAUUGUUUAGUGAUGUCCCAGGAAGAAAGUCAUCAUCAGAUUCUCCUGAUUAAGAUCAAAUUUCAGGUGCUGAAACUAGUGGAAUGCAUAGAAAAACUAAAUGAAGUUGAUCAAAAAGAGGCUGUGCACUUCAUCCUGUAUCGCAUAUCCCAGGUAAAACAUUCUAUUGUGAGCAAAAGCCUAGAUAUUUGGGGUAAGGUAGCUUCUGGGAGGUUUAAAAGAGAAACUCGGAGAAAAUGCCUUCCGGGAAGGUGUUUGGAGGGUCUCAGGAGGCUCGAUUAUAGCCUGAGGAUUAGUCAGAUUGUCCAUGAUUGUUUGUCCAGGAGAAAUUCCUGUAUUCAGCGACAGAGUUCAGAGCUGCUGAGGAGGUAUCUUCAGGGUGAAAUUUCUCUCGAUUUGCAUGUUCUUGUUUGUGGGAAGAUUAGGAGAAAGUUUCCUGAUCAGUCGCUCUUGGAGAUUAGUUACGAUGAUGAGGAAGGGGAGGAGAGUCACUUUGGGGAUGAGGGAUUGAGUUUUGAGGAAGAACUUCCUUUGGAAAGUGAAAUUCCCUUGCCAAAAGCAGAGAAGAGAAAAGCUGGAAGUUCGAGAAGGAAGAAAAAACGGCCUAAGAAGGACAAUUUCAAUUGUCCCUUGUGCCCAAAGGAGUACAAGCGUAGGCAAAAUGUUGUUGAUCACUUUACCGUGAAGCAUCCAGGCUUCUGUCCGGAUUGUGGGGAUGAAAUUGGCUUUGAUCCUCAAACGAAAGUCAAUCACAACAAAUCCAAACAUUUGGAUGAAUAUCCUUACGUCUGUGACAUUUGUGGGGAAUCCAUGUCCAGGAAUCAGCAGUACCAGGCCCAUCUGGAAACCCACAAGCGACCGCUAGCCCCUAAAGUCGAUCCUCCCAAGAAAAAACGCGAGAAACGUCCAAAGCAACCGCAGAAAAAUCGCUAUUCCAUUGUACUUCCGGACGGGAUUAUCUGUCCAGUCUGUGGGGCAAUAUUCCCCAAUCGUAGUCUCCUAAAUGUCCACAAAUCUCGUUUCCACUCCGACAAACUCUUUCAGUGCGAAAUCUGUUCGAUUGUCUAUAAAAUCCGAUCGAGUUUCUUGCGUCACAAGAGGAACCAUCAUUCUGGCCAGGAGAAAAAAUUUGUAUGUGAGACUUGUGGAGCCAAGUACAGCUCGAAUUCUGGCCUGAAGGAUCACAUGAAGCUGCAGCAUGACAAAACGACAUUUUCCUGUGAGAUUUGUGGGAAGAAUUUCAAGAUUGAGCGAGUUCUGCGUCGUCACAUGAAGAUGCACUCAACAGAACGCCCAUAUUCCUGCGAUCUCUGCCCCCAGACCUUCAAGAUGCGCUUCCAGUGCGAAAGGCAUAGAAAAGCUGUCCACAAGGAACAAAUAUCUAGGGAGAAUGCAAAGAAUAUCCUAGAGAAAUCCACAGAAACUCCCAUAAUUCCUAAAGAAAUCCCCAAAGAAACAGAAAAGGAAGUCCUACCAGAACUUCCAGCAUCAACAGAAUCUGACAUUCUUCAGAUAAUCUCCAACCAAAUCCCCUCGGAAGUUAUUCCAAUCACCACAGAAACCGCUCCUUCGCAAUGCUACCAGACAGAUUUCUCUCUGCCUCCCGAGAUGAUUCACCCUUACCAGGAAGCAUAUCCCUAUCCCCAAGACCCUUACACCAUCCCUCACGACACCUACAUCCCCACCCAACCGGAUUAUUCCCUCAAUCCUCAGGAAAUCAUCGAAAUCCCUCCAGUUCCUAACUCUCAGCUCCUCACAGAUCCUUCCUUCCUGCCUCAGUACCCCUAUGACGUCUGGAACAACCAAUUCGACUGCCAAACUCCCAUCAGCACCCAAACCCUCCCUCAAAACCCAAAUCCAACCUACAACAUCGGCAGCAUCCUCUCCAACCUGGAACUAAUGGAGAACAACGCAACCUUUGACCCUUCCUACGAUUUCUUCGACCCUCCUCCUCAGCAGCAAUUCUACGGGAAUCAGACCUGUCCAGACACCGAAAUCCUCCAAUGGCAGCAGAAGAUCGACCAGUAUGACUUCAAUAGCCAGAACCAUACGCUAACGGACAUUUCCAACACUUUCCUGAGGGACGAACAGAGGCAGAACUGCAAUAUCAGCUCCUACGUCAGCAAUGCCCAGGGCCAGGGAAAUGGCGAGGAGCAGCAGAUCUUCAAUCCCAGCAAUGUCAAUGUUAUGCUCCCCUCCCUGGCUGAUUAUCUACAGAAUCAUUUUAAUCCUUUCAAUACAAUGUCUGAAGAUGUAGAACAUUGACGAAAUAUAAAAUUUUGCUAAAAAAAACAUCCUUGUUUCCUUUUCUUUAAAGUCUUUUUCUGAUUUUAAAAGGACCCUCGAUAAAAAAAAAAA